AGUUAUCGACAGAUCGGCGAAACGUCGCACACGGUGGAGCGCCAACUCCAGCUAGGUCGGCGACGUUGUUGACUUUAGUUAUAAAAUAGUUGACAUUGCUGACGAUGUUUUGCUGCCGUACGGGGAGAGAGGCGGCAACAAAUCCGGCUGACAUUUCACCACGCAGCAUUACUGCAAGGAAGGGGUUUUAUGCGAGAGCUUGACUGUGUGGACGUUGCGUUAUUUCUCCGAUUUUGUUUCCGACUCGGACUUAACGGGAGAUGACCUGACCGGCGGAGUGCGUUCCUUUUUCACCAAAGGAUAAAGAAAUGGAUCAGGGUGGACUGAAGCGCAACGGUAAUCGAGACGACAGCCUGACAUUUGGGGAGACAGCAGUCGGAGUAGGCAGAAAUACAGGUGACACAGCUGGUUCACUGCUCCAUUCUGCAAUGCACCUGCCCGGCCCCGGGUCUUUGCCCCAGCCCACAGAGGCCCCAAAUGGACGGGCUGGAACCAAAGAUAAGGGGGAAUACGGAGGGCUCUUUGAGCGUGAGGGGUCAGACAUGAAGGAGGGUAAAAUGAUCAGAAUGCAGAAAGGACAACAACAACAACAGCAGCACCAGGAUAUUGGUAUGUUCAGCAUUGAGGGCAAUUUGCCGUUGCUGAACCAGAGUAUUUCUGAUCACGACCGGACGUCCACCUCUGUCAUCAGUACCUCAGACACAUCCGUCCUGGUCAACCUCCCCCUGCCUGACCUUUUCCCCCAGCACAUCAAGCAGGAGGGGAAUUUUUCUCUCGAAAAGGACCUGGGUAGUCACGGCGGACAUACAGGUGCUGGUCCUUGUGAUUUGGAUGGCAACGGCAGUCGCCUAAUUGAGGAUACAGAGAUUUGGCAAGAGGUGGACCUUCCUAGUUUGUUGCCAGAAAUCAGUUAUGUUGAGUUGGAUUCAGAAGUGGCAAACUUGGAUAACAUCCUACAUGACAGCAGCGGUGGUGGCUGUCCUGACAGCGGCUUGCGAAAGGAAACAAAGUCUCUGGUGGGUAACGGAGGAAACUGUACCAAUGUGAAUGGCACGGACCAGCAGCACCCCAUGCACCAUCAUCGUCACCAGCAGCAGCAGCAGCAGCACCACCUACUACAGCACCAGCAACAUCAGCUUCACCAUCAACAUCAGCAGCCUCCAUCUCUGCUCUCCAGCGUGAUGAUCAAGGAAGAGAAAGAUCCCGACGACUCGUUCAUUCACAGCCGUACUCCUGGUGUGGUCAAACUGGAGAAGCAGGACAGCACUGGUUUCUGCCAGUCGCACUGUCUCCAGAGCAGCAUGAGCUCCCUCCACGGAGGAGGCCCGAUGUCCUCGACCAUGGGCAUCGGCGCAGGACCUGGCUACCACUACAAAGCCAACCCAUCCUCCACAGUGGGCGUACAAGACCAGAAGCAUUUUGGCAUGUACUCAAACCUGCUUCCAGUGGGGGAGAGCUGGGCCAGGGGGAACAGGUAUGGAGAGUCAUCUGGGAUACAGAGGGCUGACAAUGGGCUCCCCUCUGCUGCAGCCCUGGCACCUUUUUCUGUCAGCUUCUCCAGCUCAUCUCCCAGAACAGGAGAGACCAGCAGUUCUGCAUUGCCAGGCCAAUCCAAACCCAGUGGGCAGACCCAUAAGAUCUGUUUGGUGUGUUCGGAUGAGGCCUCAGGAUGCCACUACGGCGUUGUAACCUGUGGCAGCUGCAAAGUCUUCUUCAAGAGGGCGGUGGAAGGAUGGAGAGCACGACAAAACACAGAUGGCCAACACAACUACCUCUGUGCAGGGAGGAAUGACUGCAUCAUAGAUAAGAUCCGCAGGAAGAACUGUCCGGCCUGCCGCUUCAGGAAAUGUCUUCAAGCCGGAAUGAACUUGGAAGCAAGGAAAAACAAGAAGCUGCAGAAAACGCCCCGGACCCCUGGAUCAUCACAGCCCAUCAGCAACAUGCCUGUUUCAGUCAUCCCCAGGUACAUGCCCCAACUCGUGCCCACCAUGCUGUCUGUGCUCAAGGCCAUCGAGCCAGAGAUCAUCUACUCGGGCUAUGACAGCACACUGCCUGACACCUCCUCACGGCUCAUGACCACUCUCAACAGGUUGGGGGGACAGCAGGUCAUCUCUGCAGUCAAGUGGGCCAAGUCGCUGCCAGGCUUCCGCAACAUGCACCUGGAUGAUCAGAUGACAUUGCUGCAGUGCUCCUGGCUCUUUCUAAUGUCCUUCAGUCUUGGUUGGAGGUCGUAUGAGCAGUGUAACGGUAGCAUGCUCUGCUUUGCCCCCGAUCUCGUCAUCAACAAAGAGCGUAUGAAGCUGCCCUUCAUGACCGACCAGUGCGAGCAAAUGCUGAAGAUCUGUAAUGAGUUUGUCAGACUGCAAGUGUCCUAUGACGAGUAUCUGUGCAUGAAGGUCCUGUUACUGCUCAGUACAGUACCGAAAGAUGGCCUGAAGAGCCAGGUGGUGUUUGACGAGAUCAGGAUGACAUACAUCAAGGAGCUGGGAAAAGCCAUCGUCAAGAGAGAGGAGAACGCUAGUCAAAACUGGCAGCGCUUCUACCAGCUAACUAAGCUACUGGACUCCAUGCAGGAGAUGGUCGAGGGUCUUCUCCAGAUCUGUUUCUACACCUUUGUGAAUAAAACUCUCAGUGUGGAAUUCCCCGAGAUGCUGGCGGAGAUCAUCACCAACCAGAUACCAAAAUUCAAAGAUGGGAGCGUCAAGCCUCUGCUGUUUCAUCAGAAGUGACUGCCUUAAACUGUGAAGCAAUGACUUAAAUCCUCCUCCAGGAGCACAAUACCUGUGGCCUCACGCCUCCUUAUCCGGUCCCAGUUUUGGCCAAACAACAGUAGGAGACCCUACCACUGACCUGUAGCCCCUCCUCUUGGCCAAACAAGAGGAAUUUGGUCUCCAGGGUAAAUGUUUUGGCUCUGAAUGUCUGCAUUGCUGCAAUGCAUUUUGGUGAUCUUUUUUUUUUUUCCCCCAGCCCCUUACUCCUCCUACGUCUUUCCUGCCUCCAGUGUUUUACUGCUGUUUUCACUGACAAGCCAACACAUAGAACCACCUUUUCCUCCUUCGACAUGACACCGAACAUACUGUCCAGCCGUUGAAGCUUGCCACAAGUUUAAGCCUACUGUUCCUCUGCUCACCUGUCCAGCAUUCCUCUGUUUGCCCCCCCCCCGGCUCCACUGCGCAGAGAAUGUAGUUGUACUUGUUGUGGUUUCCAGAGAACUGUUGGCGAUGAACGGGACAAACAGAAACAGGAAAAUUAGAAACAUACUCUGGCAUGCGAGAAUCUUUUUGUUUCCCUCUGGACCCAAGGACAGUGAGGAUGAACUGUUUUCAGCUGUGAAUCGGUUAUCUUUUCUGAAAUGAAACAAAUCAGAUUUAUAUACCUGACCAAUGAAAGAAAAGAAAAAAAACAGCUAGAGGAAUAUUCUACAUUUAUUUUAUGCAGUCACGCAUUUCUGACCACACAUGCAAAAGUCUCUCUUACACAUAUAAACAUACAAAGAAUACGCAGACAUGCAUUCACACAGCAAAAUGUUUACACAGGAUGUAUCCGAGAAGGGAAAACCAGUGCCUUUUAGCUUUUGAAGCUCCUCAUAGCCAUCCUCUCUAAACCGUUGUUUCUUUGCAUAAGAAUGUAACCCUGACAUCCUUCCCCAUAUUUUGUCUGUCUUAGUUUUUCCAUGCUGGCAAUUUCGGUUUUCUUUCCAAACCGCUUUUUCAGUGUUUUUAAUGUGGGCAGCUCUCUCUGUUCUGGUCCCCAGACAUGCACAUAAGGAAGACAGCCUAUGAUACAGAUUGGAAAUGUGUAGCGCAGUAUGACAUGUUAAGAUCUUGAGUUUUAGGUCUUGAAAACUUUGAGAAUAACAAAAAAAACAAACAAACAAACAGGAAAAGUAUCACAAAAUGUUGUUAAAGUCCCAAACAUUGUCAGUGUCUUUUCCCCAUGUGACGCAUAUUUGAUAAUGUACUGCAUCUCCCAAUUGGUAUCAGAUACUUUGUCUCUAACAAAUUUGUGAGAAGCUGCAACCAGCUUUGUGCUAAAAGGCCACCACUGGAAUUUAAAAAAGGCAUAUCUGAUGUUUUGUAAUAUUUAGGGGCACACUGACUAACAGACUAAUCAACGAGUUGUUAAUUGAAAACGAUAUUUGUUUACGAACAUUUAUUUUAUUCAGAUGCAGUCGCACAAAUGGGAUUUUUAGAACUGAACUGCAUUUGAAAAACACAUCCAAGGUGUCCAAAGUCCAAGGUGUCUGUGUGUUGAUAAAUAGCCAUAAGUCAAAACCGUCCUUUCAUUGCCAGCUGCAUUCUUACUGAGGUUCUAGUUUAGUAAAUGGUUACUUACAACUUAAUUUGAAAAUUUGCUUUCAUGGACCUCCAGUUAGGAUUACUUACCUGACUGCCUGUUACCAUCUCAGAAAUCACAGCAAGUUCAAAUGAGAAUGGAAAUAAUUCCUGGUGUUUGUUUGUUUGGCUGGAUUUUCUAGACAAUAAGUGCUAACCAAUUCUCAAACCUCUAAAUACUUAGUAUAUUUCUCCCCCAUGUAGUACUCCUGAUAGGUAAAUAAAAUGCGUACUAAUAUUUGUGACAAAAGUAUUGUGUUUCUCAAAAAAUUCCAUUUUAGAUCAAAUAUACCCUUUAAUCAGCUUCAUCUCAGAAUGUUUGCACAAACAGGAACUGUGGUUAUUAUUAAGCUGUUGAGCUCAACAUGGCUGAAGAGGUUUUUUUAUUUAUAUAUAUAUAUAUAU